CCCGCGCUCCGCAGCGGCGGGCCGGGCCUGGAGGCGGCGCUGGGAGCGCUGAGGCGGUGCAGCGGCCUGGAGGGAGCGGCUGGGGGUUUACCGCUCUCAGCCCCCUCUCUCCGCGGUGCCCUGGGGCGGGCGUUCGCCUGCCUGAUCCCGCCCUCAGUGUAGUGCCUGGGCUGGGGCAGGCCUGGGUAUUUACCCCUGUGACCCCCCAUCUCUUCCUCACCGUGCCCCGAGGGGGGAGGGGCUGAGGCAGGCCUAUGUAUUUACCCCUGUGACCCCCCCCCAUCUCUUCCUCACCGUGCCCCGAGGGGGGAGGGGCUGGGGUAUUUACUCCUGGGACCCCCUAUCUCUUUCUCACCGUGCCCUGAGGGGGGAGGGGCUGGGGUAUUUACCCCUGUGACCCCACAUCUUUUCCUCACCGUGCCCCGAGGGGAGAGAGGCUGGGGCAGGCCUGCGUAUUUACCCCUGUGACCCCCCCAUCUCUUCCUCACCGUGCCCUGAGGGGGAAGGGGCUGGGGUAUUUACCCCUGUGACCCCCCCAUCUGUUCCUCAUUGUGCCCUGAGGGGGAAGGGGCUGGGGCAGGCCUGGGUAUUUACUCCUGUGACCCCCCCAUCUGUUCCUCACUGUGCCCCGAGGGGGGAAGGGCUGGGGUAUUUACCUCCGUGAUCCCAGCUCACUCCCCAUAGUGCCCUGAGGGUCUGGGGCAGGCCUGGGUAUUUAACCUGCUUCUCUGUCUUGUUAGCAUGCUGGAGGGUGGGGUUUUUUUUUUUUUUGUAUUUUAUUUUUAUUCUCAUGGAAGUUGGGGUUUUCUAUAGCAUCCACAAUAGUAUCACCACUCCUGGGUCUCUUGUCAGUGCACCUUGGAUGAAGGGGCUCUCUAUACGUUUAUUUUUUAAGGUCAUUACUCCCUUUUAUUAUCACUCUUCAUUAAGGCCCAGAGCCCCCAUUGUCUCCCCAGGGCUGGACUCAAUUCAUGGGACUCUAAGCAACAGUAUUGUGAUGUCACCAGACAGUAGACUCGGUUUUCAGUCCUGGGAAACUUCUUCAUCAAAAUCCUUCUAUUUGGCAAAUUUCAGCAGAAACAGAACAUGUCGAUCAAGUGAUCAUUCUGAUUAUUCCACACAAUGAAUGACACUCUCUUAAGCAACUUAGACAAACUUCUGCUAGAGCUUGUUUUCCAGCUUGAACAAACUUCCUAUGCUAAGGAAUAUGUGAAGCACCAGAUAAAUUUAUAUGCUGCAAGUAUUGUGGAAAGAAAGAAUGAAGUCUGUAGAUUACAUGAGAAUAUAAACAGCAGUAAUGAUGCAAUUGUUUAUUUGCACAAGCAUAACAAGAGUAGUAAGGACAAUUGCAAUGUCUGGAAACCAACAUAUGUAGUUCUUAGCAAGCAUGAAGAAUAUUUGAAUAACCAACUCAAAAACUGCCAAGAAACUACAGAAAAUGACAAGAAAAUGUAUCAGGAUCACAUGAACCAGUAUAAAGAGAUUUUGAAACAACACAAAGCCAAAUAUUCAGAAAAUUCUCUAGCUCAGGAAUAUUAUAUGAAAAAAAAAGAGAUUGAAGAACUCCGGAAUAGAGUUCUGAAACAUUCUGAACAAUUUAAAUGGAAGGAAGCUACCCUUUUGGAUAUUUUAGAGCCUGCUCCUUUUAGGUCACUUUCUGAUUGGGCGUUACAGAUUGCUUAUCUGAGGCAAAAAACACAAGACGUCCUCAAGCAUGCUGCAGUUUUUACCCAGAAAUCUUCUGAACUAGAGAAAGAAGCAGAUGAAGUAGAAAUGAAAAUUAAUUAUUUCAAACAGCAGUUUGAAAGGAGUACAGAAGAUCAAAAUCAUUCUAAAAUUAUUGAAGGAAAAAGUAAAAAAAAAUUAGAGAAAAGGAAGGCGUUUAAAGAAAGGAUGUUUGAAGAGCUUGGAAAUCUACAUUUAUUAAAUGGGAAACAUCAACAGUAUAAACCAUUACAUCUGCCUUGCAUUCCUCAGAAAUUAGUCCAAUCUGUACAGACUUUUAGCCUGUCUUCGCAAAGAACAGAAACAGGUGAAGAAGAAAGAGACAAUUCCAUGGACCAUUCAGGUAUUGCUAGUAUUUCCUUGAGCCAAGUGGACAGUGAAACACAGAAAUUUAAUGAGACUGCAGGGACUAACAACCCCAAAAUUGCCAAAGUUCCAUCCAUAGCAAGCUUGCAAAACCAAAUGCAAUUCAGAUUGCUAGUUCCUCAGGAGCAAACAACUUGCAAGCAAUGGUUUGAAAAUGAAGCUACCAUAAUAGGAAACAAAGAUGCUGAAUGUGCAGAUAAAGGAGCAGCAAGUAAGUCAAAGGAUUCUGCAUAUAUAUCUCAAAAUGUACACACAGAGUGUUUUAUUAAGUCAAGUGAGGAUAAUCCUGAAGCAGCAGAAGGAAGUACUGAACAUUUUCUGAAAACCCCUGAGAUGCCUUUAUUUAUAAGACCAUCAGAAUCUAAUGGGAAGAAAGCCCAGUUUCCUAAAACUCCUCCAUUUGAAUUGAGUCAUAAUUUAGGUUGUGCAGGACCAGCACCAAAAUCACCUGCUUUUUCUUUUCUUAUGCCCUGUACCCAGAAGUCACCUGGCUUUAAUUUAUUUGACUCAUCUGUAUUCGGAGCAGAAAAUUCAUUAGACCAGACCGAUGAAAGUUAUUCUGCAGGAAACUUAAACCCUAUUUCCCCACACAAAGAUAUUGGAAGCUUAUUUGGGAAAUCGGAAAAUGAAGAUGCGUUUACAUUUUCCUUUCCGUCAGAGUCGUCGUCUCAUGAAUAUGGGGAUGGAAAAGAUGACUUCAGCUUUCCAUUUGCAUUUGGACAGGAUCAGAGAUCAUCACAUUCUUCCUCUCUGAAAGAUUUUCACUCUUCAUCACAAAAUACAAAGCCAUUUACACUCUUUUGAAUACAUUUCUUGACUUCCUAUUGUAUAUUUUUGCUGCUUAGCCUUGACCCUUGUUUUCAGCAACUUAAGAAAAAUCCGUAACAUUUCACUUCUCUGUCAUUUAAUGUAAGGUGACAUUACUGUACUUGCAUCAAGAGCAUUUAAAUAUUCUCCACUAAUCAUACAUGCUCUGAGAUGUUUUUAUUUUUAUCACUUUUAAUGAUUUAAUGUUUUGUUUUCAGAAACCUUUUGAUAAGCUCUCCUUUAACGUGCACACGUUAACAUAAACAGCAAAAAUGUCAAUGGGCAAUAGCAUAUUCAGUUAAUUCAGUACCUUUUACUGAGUAUUAAACCUCCAUGUUGAAUACAUUAAAUGUAUGAUAUAAAAAAUG